AUGAUAUGGAACGAAAAAACGCGCAGCGUGGUGAAGGCCGCCGGGAAGGAAACCGAGCCACCACCACGCCGCGGGCCGCGGAACGACAGCGAGACGGUCCGCAAAGCAGCACGAGCCAACCACGGCACGGCAACGGUUAAAAGAAAACGGCCGCGGCUAGAAGGUACCGAGACAGGAGCUGCGGCGACAAGAACCGGCCUUAGAAAAGAGCGCAGGGGAGAAAAAUCCCGCCGCGCGGGAAGGCCAACGAGCCGCCACAGGGGCGAGGCCGCCGCAAGGGAGAAAAAGCGGGGAAACGCCGCACCGUCAAAGACGGCGGGCCGCCGCGAGGAAAAUGUGGCCGCACGCCGCUCGCGAGAGGCCGGGAACAGCUCGCGGAGAAAAGGGAAAAACCGCCGCACGGGCGGCAGGGAAGGGAUAAACCACGGGGAAGAGAACCGCCCCGGGUGGAGAGGAGCCCUGGACCACGUGGCCAACAAAAAGGCCGACGCACGAGGGCAGGGAGGGAAAACGGGAGCGCAACACACAGCGCAGAUAACGGAAAGGCAAUAA